AUAAAAUUCAUUUCAAUAUGUCUGAGAACCAAGAUGAAGCAUUCAAAUCGAUCAAUGAAUUUGAACAGAAUAAAUCUAAAUGGAAUCUAAUUUAUGAUCUAAAACUUUUAGGAUUACUGAAAAAUACUGGUGAUGGAUUUUUGAAUAAAAUUCGACAAAGCUUACAAGAAAUUGAAAAUUUAUCACAUAAAACAAAUACAUCUGCAAAUAAAAUCAACAAUCUAAUCACAAGUAUUUUAAUAUUAACAAAUGUAAAAUUCAUUGAAAAUCGUGUUUAUGAUGAAGAUAUUAAAGACAUUACAUCGAAAACGAGCAACAAUUCAAAUCGAAUCACUUCAUCAUCUGCCAUCAUACAACCACCAUCAAAAGAUAAUGAUGAGGAUGAAAAGAAGCUUAUAAAUCGUCUUGAAAAUUCUAUUGAUGAUGCAUUGAAAAGAUUGACAUCGAAAUAUAAAAUCUCUCAUGAAGAUUUCAUCGGAAACAAUGGCUACAAUCUUCUACAUAAAUUGUAUUCACAGAAAAAUUCGUAUGUACAUAGAAAUUUGCCUUAUCUGAUUGGAAGUGAUGAAUACUUGAAAGAUACAUUUGUUGGACUGAAAUCUGACGAUAGUCAACAUGACACUGUGAUAAAUCUAACCAAUGAUGGAACAGAUUCAAUGUUUGACAAUAAAGAAGAUAUUGUGGAUCAUGCAAAUGUCUCGAAACGUUUUGAGGGACAAAAUUUUUCACCAUCAAUAUUUCCAAACAAUGCUGAUGAUGUUGAUCCAGUAAUCGUGUUUCCUAGUACUUCCAAACCAUUCGAACCGCCACCAAUUGACAAAAAUGUGAUCGAUAUUUUCAAUCAUACAAAAAAUGAUUCGAUAUUCGUGGCCGAAAGCAGCGAUGAUGAUGAUAUUUUUGUCCGUCCAACCAUAACCAAUAAUAGGCCUUUAUUAUUCGAUGACCAUGAUGUUGACGAUGAUGGUGGUGAGAUAUUUCCAACAGCAUCAAUAUCUACAUCACAUCAUGAUGAUAAAGGUAGUUUAUUUGGAAAUGAUAAUCUGGAAAAAAAUCAAAGUGAAGUAAACAAUGAAGAAAAAUCUAAAAUCAAGAAUAUUGAUGAAAAAUUUUUACAAAGCGAUUCCGAUAAUGAUUCUGUUGAUAUAUUCACUACGAAAACUAGUCGAAAAUCUGCCUUAAAAACCACUUUAAAAGAGUUCAUAUUCUCUUCUGAUGAUGAUGACGAUGAUGAUUUAUUCAAUAAGCUAAUAUCAAAAGCGCCAAAUAAAAUGGAAAAACAACCAGAUAGUAAUUCACUUAUAAUCAAUGAAACUAUCGAUGAUGAUCCAACAUUAUCACCAGAUGAUUCAGUUUCAACGACAAAAAUUCAAUCAAAACCUACAUUGUCUAAUGUGAUCAAAGAGCUUAAUUCUGUUAUUCAAAAUAAAGUUUCAUCAUCAACAAAUCAAGCAACAACAAUCAUUCCUUCAUCAUCUUCCUCUUCUGCUGUUCCCGAUAUGAUUGAAACGAAGAAAGAAACCAGUGAAAUAAUAAUCGAUACACAAGAUGAAUUAAACUCGAUGCUUAAACAUAAAUUGAAUCUAAGUUCGAAUCGUCAACGUAAACCACCAUCCAGAAAUGUUUUAAGAGCAUCGUUAUCAAAUCCUCAAUCGUUAUUCAAUGAUCAGCAUGAUAAUGAUGACAAUCCAUCAUCAUCAGUCACAUUAAAUUCGGAAAAAUCCGCAAAUGAAGUAAAAACAAAUGAAAAAAUAGAGCCUACAACAACACCAUUAGAAAAUUCAACUCAUAAACCACAUCAACCAUCAUCUGUUAAAGAGCCAUCGAAAUCACUAUUUGAUUCAUCUGACAGUGAUGAUGAUUUAUUUAAAAAGCCAAAUCUAAUUCAACCUAAUCAUCAACAGAAACAGACAACGAUUACGAAAAAAACAAACAUUCUAUUUGCCGAUAGUGAUGAUGAAUUAGAUUUUCAACAACCAGUAGUUGUAUCCAAAACCACCACGAUAAAAAAGAAGAGCAUUUUUGAUGAUGACAGCGAUACUGAUGACGAUUUAUUCAAAUUUUGAACAUGAAAUAAAAAUGUUAUUUAUUUAUUUUAUCUUGAGAAAAGUCCUAUUUCUUAUUUGUCUUUUUAUUACGGCCAGAUUUUACAGAUUUACUACUUGUUGGUUGUGAUUGUUGCUGUUGUUGUUGUUGUUGAAUAAAGAUUGUACCGGAUUCAA